CGCAGCGACUGCGAUGAUAGGUUACGUGACUUGUUGUUAAACUCAGUUGCCCCGGAUGUAAAACUGAAGAAAGCAGCUUUGCUAAAACGAAAGAUCCACUCAUUAAUACCUGUGGUCCACGUACACUGUGACAAUGUCUGACAGCGAUGGCCAAGCACAGGAGCCAGCUGGACUGGAUGGUUUGCCACCAUUGUUCAGCAUCGCCAAGGGAGAGGUGGUCUCUCUGCAGACAUACGGAGCCUUUGUCAGACUGCCAGGGUACAAGAAGGAAGGCCUGGUGCAUGUGAGCGAGAUGUCAGCCACACGGGUUGAGAAUGCCUCAGAGAUUGUCGAUGUGGGGGAACAGGUGUGGAUUAAAGUCAUUGGGAGAGAGAUUCGGGAUGACAAGGUCAAGUUGUCCUUCUCAAUGAAAGCUGUCAAUCAGGGAACAGGGCGGGACUUGGACCCAAACAACGUUAUGGCAGAGCAGGAUGCCCGGCGACGUAAGCAGUUUAGAGAUCAUACAGGCAACAGGAUCACACUGGAGGCCGUACUCAACACAACAUGCUCAAAGUGCGGCUGUAAGGGACACUUUACAAAGGACUGUUUCUCUGCACCGGGCUUGCAGUACGCCCUUUUGCCUGAAGACGACGAUGAAGAGCCAAAGCAGCAGACCUCUACAGUUGCACCACAGCAGGACUCAGACAAAAAGAAGAAGAAAAAGAAGGAGAAGAAAAUGAAGAAGAAGAGGAAGAGGGAGAGGAAGGAGUCUGAGAGCGACAGCAGCAGCAGCAGUGGCGAAUGCAAGUCCAAGAGUAGGCGCCGUGACCACACUCCCGACAGUGGGGACAAAAAGAAGAAGAAACACAAGAAACAUAGAUCUCACAAACACAGCUGACAACACCACACAGCUGAAACACACAUCUACACUCACACACAUUACAGCUAUCAGACAGACGCAAAAGGGGAAGUGGGUAGCAACAGGCAGAGUGACAGACUUCCAGCAGUGUAUCUUUUAAUAAUCAAUCCCAACAAAACACUUAUUAUAGAAACCCUCAUCCAUUUAAUUUAAGGAAAGUUUCGCUUACUGUCUCUAUGAUUGGAAGCACAUUAAGACCUCCGAUAAAGUUAAAAAGAUGGAAAUGCGAAUUAAAAAAUAUUGUCCUUGUCCUGAAGUAACCUCUGGCUCAGCCACACUGGGAGGAGUUUACACAUCAUAUGUAACCCGAUUUGUUUAAGCAAUAUGGCAGAAAGUGGACGGCUAUCCGGUUACACAUACUCUUUGAAAUCCAUUAAGCAGAUGUGAAGACAGUAAAGCUUGGGAGGGUGGGGGGGCUGACAUAAAAAUUCUUUCAUCAUGCAGAGAAAACCACACACACACACUCUUUCAUUUCGUAGUAAAACCUUGUGUUAAUAAAUUUCCUUGAUACAAAGGAAGUAGUAAAGACGCAAACAGGACGUGUAAUGCAGCAUACGUGGGCGUGACAGGAACCUCAAGCGUGAUAUCCUGAGGUUGUCCUCCGCUUAUUGUGGGUGUACUGUACAUGCAUACAAGUCUUGCCACCAGGGGACUGCUCACUCUAGACACUACCGUCUUCCUGCAUGCCAGCUGUUAGCUCCAUUAAAGAUGUUUUUAUUUGUAAAAGUGUAAAAAAAAAAAAAAUAAGCCUCUUGGUGUCUUUGUUCUUGGACCUUGAACUCAAAUGUGUGUGCGUUAGGGGACCACUGAAAUUCUCAGGUUGCAUCUGUCUAAUAUGACCCUGUAGUCAUAUUAAGUUAACAUUUUCAAAUUUGGUAAAGUGUCUAAAGGCCAUGACUGAGGGAUUUACGCAAUGUAAUUAUUACAUUGGGUCAUCAUGUCCCAUGAGGUCAAAAGCUGCACAAACUGGACAGAGUCGCUUUUAGUUUUUUUUUAAGAUAACCCCUUGUCAGCAUCUUGUUUGACCUUGUGUCCAAGUUCCCAAAGAAAUAGACCGUUUCCAGCUGCAGUGGUUUGACAUGACUCUAAUGCACUCCCUUGGUAAAUACUCCAGUUCAAUGCUCAGUCUCCCUCUCUUGUUUGCACCAGACAGAUGUACAAGAAUAUGGCCAUUUAGUGUGAUCCCGAGUGUGCAUGAACAAAACUGAGUUUGUGCUGCAUUAUUGCAAGGUAUUUGAAUACAACGGCAGCAGUCAGUCAACAGAAAUAGUUCAAAAGUAGAAUCUGCAUACUUUUUCAACUUGUAUUUAUUACAGUAUUUCAUUUUGAGGGUUUUCCCCCUAUAGAGGAUAUCUUUGAAACUUUUCUUCUUCCAUAACCAAUAUUAUGUAUCUUUGUAUUUUGUGUUGAAGGAUCUGAUAAAAAGCCCCUUAAAGAACUACAGACCAAAGAAACCAUGCUGUAUAAACAGCCAAGCUAGCAGCUCUUUGAGGCUGUGCUAAAUGCUAAUGCUAAUAUAGCAACAUGACUGAGACCACCAUCCACAAAGCCCUGUCACUACCAUUGCUACAAAUCCUAGGUAAAAGUCCCACUUUCUACGUUUUUUUCCUAAAGCUUUCCACUGCACAGUUUGGGAAACUCUAUCUGCUGAUGAAUUCUGUGAGAUGUGUUUGAAAGCUCUGGAAAAACUUUCAGUUAAGAUUUUAUUAUUACUAUUUUUAUCUUCAUUGCUUUCUAAGUUCAAGUAUGAACUUUCAGACUCAAUUUAACAGAGGUUGCUUGUUGCAUGUGUGUCUUUAUACUGGAAGCCUCUGUUUGCUUUGCCUACAUGUAUUUGCCCAUUUUUUUAAUUUAUUCAAAUACUUUUUCGUAUCUUGUGAAUGAAUAGGAUGUUUGUAUAUGUAAUGUCAUAGUUUUUGCACCUCCCUGUAAAACAGAUUGUUAAUAUUUGUAUCUGUUUAGAUUUUUGGUAUUUUAAAUGAACUGCUCCCAACCUUUCAGAUGGCCACUAUUACCAGGGAUGGGCAAAAAUACAUCAAAAUGUAUUUUUAAAAAUAUACCAAAUACCCGAUAAACUACAAAAUACAGCAGCCACAUCACAUAUAAAAAAUAAACUACUGUAUUUUUGUAAUACUAAAAAUACUUUUCCAUGGUACCAUGAAAUCAUUUUGCAAACCUUCUAUCAGCCUAUUUGUUCUCUCCCUUCACCCAAACACUGACUCAUUAGAUUAAGUGGACAGUGUUUGAGAGCAACAGCUUUUCUCUGCCUAAUGAUUCAUGCAAUAAAUCUGACAUAUGCAACCAGUUAACAGAUCAAAUAUUCACAUAUCCCUGUGAUUGCCCAGAUGAAGGUUAGUUUUAAAGUAACUAACAGUUUAAUGUUUAACGAACAGUUUGCUCAACUCUGAAAUGCUUUAUUUUUUUUUUUUCCGUGCACAACUGAUGAAAACUACUACAUAGGCUGGAAGAAGCAAAGUGGACACAUUUGCGUUUUUCAGUGGCUGAUAUUUAGAGAGCAGGGCAGUUGAGGGCAGAUAUAUAAUGCUGAUAUCAAAACGAACAAAAGUCAUGUACAAUCUAAUACAGAUGGUUAUCUUAGCAAGUGUUAUAGAUGGAAUUUUUACUGUGGCAGCGCAUGUGAAUCCAUACACAGACAUGUAUGAAAAGAUAAAUAAAUUUAUAAAUAAUAAAUCCUGGAAUUGUA